CACAGCCUCCCGCGUGCCUCGCUCAGCUCCAACAUGGCAAAAAUCUCCAGCCCUACAGAGACUGAGCGGUGCAUUGAGUCCCUGAUUGCUGUUUUCCAGAAGUAUGCUGGAAAAGAUGGUUACAACUACACUCUCUCCAAGACGGAGUUCCUGAGCUUCAUGAAUACAGAAUUGGCCACCUUCACAAAGUACCAGAAGGACCCCAGUGUCCUUGACCGCAUGAUGAAGAAACUGGACACCAACAGUGAUGGGCAGCUAGAUUUCUCAGAAUUUCUUAAUCUGAUUGGUGGCCUAGCUAUGGCUUGCCACGACUCCUUCCUCAAGGCUGUCUCUUCCCAGAAGUGGACCUGA